AUGUCGUUUGCGUUCAUGACGAUGCUCCUGGGCUCCACGCUGGCCGCGGCUUUUGUGUUGCAUCCAGUCGAGGAAGAACCUGCAGCUUCUGCUGAUUCUUCUGUUUCCCAUCACAGGUGCCAGGGAGAGUCACUGCAGUCCAUCAGGAAGAUGCUCCUCGCAGCCCUCAACAUGCAGACUGAGCCACAGCUGCCUGUCGAUGUGCUGGACAGCGUCAGAGAGCAGUGGAGGAGAACCUUCGCCGCCGUUUCACACAGAGCCACACACACCAUCAUUCCAGCAGCCGAUGGCUACUCUGUGUCACCUGACAGUACAAACAGUGCGAGCCUGAAGUGUUGCUCCACAGCCUCCGAGGUCUUCAUGAAAGAUCUGGGCUGGGACCGCUGGGUGAUCCAUCCUCAGAGCCUCACCAUUGUUCAGUGUGCACUCUGCAACUCUGACAUGAACACUGUGCAGUGUCCAUCAUCCCAGUCCAACGUCCAAGAUGCCAACUCACAGGACCAGGUGCCAUGCUGUCAGCCCACCUCCCAGGAGAUGGUGCCCGUCGUCUACAUGGAUGAAUCCAGCACCACCUUCAUUUCCUCCGUGCAGCUGACUCGCAGCUGCGGCUGUGAACUCGGCGGCGUCCAGCAACCAGCGUAGAGUUUGGUUUUUGCAGGCCUGAAUAUGUGAAAUGAGCCGCAUGCAUCAAGAAGUGAUCAAUAUAUGCAGGCCUUUCUUCUCAUACAACCACCUAUGCUGCUUUUGUAGAUCUAUCCUAAAUUCUUACUAUCUUCAGCACUGAUCGUGGGAACCAAAGUCUCCCCAAGAACUCAGUUUUGCAUUCCUGCUACUCUGUUGUAUCAAUACAAAUUUUGUUGAGCUUAUUGUUUAGGUGGUAAAAACUGAUAUGACAGUAAUCACACAUUAUUGCUCUCCAACUACUGGUAAUCUAAUUUCUCUGGGCACCGAGUGCUUGAAAGAACUAAGUGCAGCUGACAGCGGACUUUAAAUAAAUCUCAUGCAUGGGGAGCACUAUUUAUAGCUGCUACUUAGCGUUCUCCUCCAAAAAAUGUGAGACUGACCAGAGCCAAAUCCUCUCACAAGCCAGUUGUCUUUUCUCUUGACAUUUGAAAUAACUUUGUCCUCUUAUGGAAAAGAAUUUGAUUUGUUCUCAGCAGUCAAACUACGGUCAAUGAACUGAGGUUGUAAAUUUUGUAAAGGCUUGCUGUUUGCGGGUGAAAAGGUUUAUGUGGGAAGAGCAAUGAGAGAAACGCCCAGAACCUAAAACCUUAGUAUCAUUUUCUCCUGGAUAUCGCUGCUGUGACUUUCCAUGAACUUCCACUGGUCUCCACUGACUCUGCUCUUUUUUUUUUUUUUUCCUUCUCUGUAUGAGUACAAAACAUUUAUCUUGAUUUACAAACUAUAAUCUGAGUGAUUUUAUGUGCGUUUAUCACAGAAGAGUUCUUGUGUUUUCUUGUAUGUCUCAGAAUCGGUGACAGUUCUCAUUUGUGAAUUUUUAAUU